AUGCUAGCUCGCUCGCAAGUUACUACUCUAAGAAGAUUCGUGCGCCUGUACUCACAGCUCCCAUUGAGCGUACCCGUGACGCUGCCCAACGGCACCACCUACGAACAACCUACCGGGUUAUUCAUCGACGGUGAGUUCGUGCCCUCUAGACAACACAAGACUUUCGAGGUCAUCAACCCUUCUACUGAGGAGGAGAUCCUACACGUGUACGAGGCACGUGAGGACGACGUGGACAUCGCAGUCGCUGCGGCCAAGAAAGCGUUCGACAACGGGUGGUCUACAGCUGACCCAGUGUUUCGCUCACAAUGCCUCUACAAGCUGGCUGAGCUCAUCGAGAACAACGCAGAGACGCUCGCCGGCAUCGAGUCCCUCGACAACGGUAAGUCGCUGUUCUGUUCGCGCGCAGACGUGGCGUUGGUGUCCAAGUAUCUGAAAUCUUGCGCCGGAUGGUCCGACAAGAUUUUCGGCCGUGUCAUCGACACCGGCAGCGACCAUUUUUCAUACACCAAGAGAGAGCCUCUGGGGGUAUGUGGCCAGAUUAUCCCAUGGAACUUCCCAUUGCUCAUGUGGUCCUGGAAAGUGGGCCCUGCCCUCGCCACCGGUAACACCGUGGUACUAAAACCCGCAGAAGCCACUCCUCUGUCUGCACUAUUCGCCUCCAAGUUGGUUCAAAAGGCCGGCAUCCCCAAGGGUGUCGUGAACAUCGUCCCAGGUUUCGGUAAGAUCGUCGGUGAAAGACUAUGUACCCAUCCUGACAUCAAGAAAGUUGCAUUCACCGGUUCCACCGCUACGGGCCGUCACAUCAUGAAGACUGCCGCUGACACCGUCAAAAAAGUGACUUUGGAACUUGGUGGUAAGUCCCCUAACAUCGUUUUCGCUGAUGCCGACCUCGACAAGGCCGUCAAAAACAUUGCAUUUGGUAUUUUCUUCAACUCUGGUGAGGUGUGCUGCGCUGGUUCCAGAGUCUACGUUCAAGACACCGUUUACGAGGAGGUUCUACAGAAGUUCAAGGAAUAUACCGAAUCCUUGAAAGUCGGCAACCCAUUCGACGAAGGCGUCUUCCAAGGUGCUCAAACUUCUCAAAUGCAAAUCGACAAGAUUCUAGACUACGUUAACGUCGGUACCCAAGAAGGUGCCCGUGUCGUGACUGGUGGUGAAAGAGACGGUGACAAGGGUUACUUCGUCAAGCCUACCAUUUUCGCUGACGUCAAGGAAGACAUGAGAAUUGUCAAGGAAGAAAUCUUCGGUCCAAUCGUUACCGUUUCCAAAUUUUCCACUGUGGAUGAAGUAAUUUCCAUGGCCAAUGACUCCGAGUACGGUCUAGCUGCUGGUAUCCACACCAAGGAUGUCAACAAAGCUGUCGACGUUUCCAACAGAAUCAAGGCCGGUACUGUGUGGGUCAACACUUACAACGACUUCCACCAGAGUGUUCCAUUCGGUGGUUUCGGUCAAUCUGGUAUUGGUAGGGAAAUGGGAGCUGAAGCCUUAGACAACUACACUCAAACUAAAGCUGUCAGAAUGUCUAUCGACAAGGUUGAAUAUUAA